UUCAAUCAGACGCGUGUUUUAUCAUGUGUAAAUUUUCUUUAUCUGCAUUAUGAAGCUGUGCCAGACGUGUUUGCUUAGUUCAGCUCAGUGAUAAUUAAAGUGCGUAAAUUUUCACCCGGACCGUCUUUGAUUAAGAUUAUUAAUUCUCCUUAGGGUGGUGCGUGUUUUCGUGUUUCCAGCCCAGGUACCACAACUUCGAUCAAUCCAUAUGAAACCAGUAUGUAGCGUGCAUCGUCGUAAUGGUCGUAAUUCUGUUCUCGAAAUGACCUGAUUCUGUUGUUGUGCCCCUUCAAUUCCUCCCAGCUCAAAAUUUUAUCGUGGCAACUUUCGAAAUCCAUCGUAGGAUAGCAGAUCAUCUGCUUUUCAGUGUCCUAUCCGAAUUUAGAGCUGUUCCUAGGUCAGUGAAUUUGUGUGAUUGUGUGACAAGUGCUUAUCAACCAACUAGACACCCCAGGAUUUUUUCACUGGAUGGUGUGGCCGAUGAGUGAUGGCGACGUCGAGCGGGGGCAGUGGAGGUCAAGGGGGUGGGGGCGGGGGCCACGGGCAUCGGCGGCAGGAGUCGAUGUACGCGAUGACGGGGCUCUACACGGAGCCGGCCGAGGACAGCGAGCAUGAGCCCCAGGCCCCGGGCCCCGAGAGGCCGCCACCGGCCACGUCCUCCUACGACUCCUUCAUCAAGAGCCACAGCCGCAACCCCUCCUCCGGACUCGUUGACAAAAAUGAAGAGGCUAAGGAGAGAAGUCGACAAGCGCAAGCUUUGGCCGAGCAGCUGGCCGCUGCCCUGCCCGAUGACGCCAGAGAGUGCGGCAUCUUCAAGUGCAGACCCUACGCUUUACAACAAUUCGCCAGCGUCAAAGUUUUUGUUUUUCUUCUGUCCUUCUUAGUAACCUUGCAGCAAGGUCUCAGCUCAGGUUAUAUCAACUCUGUGAUAACGACAAUAGAAAAACGGUUUGAGAUCCCCUCAAGUCUGUCCGGCCUCAUUGCCUCAGCGUAUGAAAUUGGCAAUGUCAUAACUGUCAUCUUCGUCAGUUAUCUUGGAUCUCGGAGACAUAUUCCUGUUUGGAUUGCAAUCGGUGCUCUUAUCAUGGGAAUUGGCUCCAUUUUAUUUAUUCUACCGCACUUCAUUGCAGAACCUUACUCAGGGGAUUUAAUGACCAACACCUCCAAUGAAAACAUCUGCAAGGUUGUUUCUGUCCGGGAACAUGAUCUAGGUUUCGGCCGACUUUCUUCAGGUUUAUCUUCCCCUCCGUUAGCGCCUCAUAACAAUUUGCGGGAAAACUGCAUCCAAGGAUCUCCGUCGACGACAGGUCCUGUUUUACUAUUCCUCUUGGCUCAGCUUUUGCUCGGCUGUGGAGGGUCCCCGCUCUUUACCUUGGGAACAACUUACAUAGACGACCAUGUUCGGUCCGACUCCGCCUCAUUGUAUAUAGGUUGUAUGUACAGUAUGGCAGCUUUUGGACCUGUAUUAGGAUUCUUACUAGGAGCAUACAUGUUAUCGUAUCAUAUGGACUCCUUAUCAAAUGCGAAAAUUUCAAUUGGUCCUGGAGAUAAACACUGGGUCGGACUUUGGUGGGGCGGAUUUCUCCUGUGCGGUGUAAUGCUUAUUCUCGUUGCAAUUCCAUUUUUCUCAUUCCCAAAAGUUUUGACGCGUGAAAAAGAAAAAAUCAGGUUGAUGGCAAAAUCCAGUAUCGGGGUUGGCUGCGCACCAAAAUCAUCAGAAAGUGUCAGCAGUCCUACGUCUAAUGUUGACACAGGAUAUGGGAAAGACAUUAAAGACAUUCCUCGAUCGAUGUGGAGAUUAAUGUGCAAUCCUGUUUAUGUUGUAACUUGUCUCGCAGCUUGUAUGGAACUGGUCAUAGUCUCUGGGUUCGUUGUGUUUCUACCAAAAUAUCUGGAGACCCAGUUUAGUCUGAGCAAAAGCCAAGCUAGCAUUUUCACAGGGUCUAUCGCGAUUCCAGGAGCUUGUAUUGGCAUAUUCUUUGGAGGCUGCCUACUCAAGCGGCUAGAAUUGAAACCAAAAGGUGCUGUCCAGUUUGUUCUGAUAUCGAACAUCAUCUGCCUUACUUGCAAUGGUUUUUUGUUUUUCUUGGGUUGCGACAAUGUGAAAAUGGCAGGCACAACAAUUCCAUACAGUAAUAGCUCAAAACUAGAACCAUUCCAAGUGAACUUAACUGCCGCUUGUAAUUUUGGUUGCGAGUGUCCAAUGACAGAUGUAGAACCGGUGUGUGGGAAUAACGGCUUAACAUACUUCAGCCCGUGUCAUGCUGGAUGUACAGCCUUAUCUUCACGCUCCAAUUAUACCAAUUGUGCCUGUAUCCAUGGAAACAUGAGUCGAGCUGCUGAUUUUGCUGAAGUAACUGUUGUGCCUGUUGCGACUGCAGGCCCUUGUAAUUCCUCCUGUCGAACAAUUUUCCCGUUUCUAAUUUUACUGUUUUUCAUGACUUUUGUUGUUGCGGUCACUCAAAUGCCUCUAUUAAUGAUAGUUCUAAGAUCUGUCAAUGAAGAAGAAAGAUCAUUCGCUUUGGGCAUGCAGUUUGUAAUUUUCCGGCUUUUCGGCUACAUUCCAGCUCCCAUUUUAUUUGGUAAUUUAAUUGACUCGACCUGCUUGCUAUGGAAAUCAACGUGUGGCGAGAAAGGUGGCAGGUGUCUAUUGUAUGACAUAGAACAAUUUAGAUACAGGUACGUUGGACUGUGCAUCAGUAUCAAAGCCCUUGCCUUGGCUCUAUUCAUAUUGGAUUGGUGGCUGAUCAGGCGGAGGAAGCAUUUGGAACAAGCCGCAACAGUCCUACCAGUUCAUCCGUUAGUGCAUACGGGGUCUAUCAUCAGUCUUGAUAAACUAUUUGAGGAGAAACCGCCUGUUCUCUCAUCAUCAAGUACGCAAAGCGAGAUGAGCGAAAGCCGCGAAGCAUCUCUUCAGCCAGACUCAACCGUGCGUAAAAGUGGCUCGCGAGGGCGCCAAGUCAUUUUGCGAAACUCAGUUGUGCAAACAUGAAAAUGUUGGAACGGCGCGACGAAAAGCGCCGUUGAACUUGUGAUAUGAUCAAUGUGAUAGCAGAUAUUCAAGUAUCGUUAACUUGGGAAGAUUUAAGCAAACUGUAUGUAUACUCUUUGUCCUUUGAUGCAAGGUGCACCGUUUGCCGCUUGCCGAGGGACUUUGAGUUGACGUCGCGCUAAAGAUUGCGUGAUAAUUGCAACCCGUGACUUAUUAGCCAGAUUUUUUUGGCUGCUAGUAUAUAUUUGACGCUGAGUUGGAUGAUUCCAAGAACUGUCGGCUCACUUAGGUUAGGUUCAGAGUCUUGUAUUACGAAAAUUUUGUGUCUUAUUUAGUAGUUGUAAUUAUUUUGGUGCCACACUAGUACUUUUAUCGUUGAUAAGGAAA